AUGCCAAAACUUCAGUUUAUCACAGCCAAUCUGCUCGACGAGAACAAGAAGGUAUUUCCCGAGAGCGUGCCAAAAAUCUUAUACUCGUCGAAAAGCAUCACCGUCAGAUCUGAAAUACCUAGAAACGGAAGGUUUACGGUUAGACUUUCGUCAGGUCCGAUCCCAUUCGACAUGGUGGUUAAAGUGUUCCUUGAUGGAUUUUUCUUAACCGGAAGAUGUUUUCUUGCGGGUAAUAUCGAACCCAUUUGUGACUACGAAAUCAGCAAUGACGACGAUAAUUGCAACAAUCACCUUACAUCCCCCUUCCAAUUCCAAUGGCCGUUCUCUAAAGUGAAGUGUGAAUAA